CUUCAUUUCCCAUGAGCAGUCGACGCAUGUUUCAUCACGUGACUUUCAAAACGUCACAUGUCAACAUGGCUGCCGCUGUCACCGCCGAAGAUUUCACCAAUUUACAGCUUCUUUUAAAGGCUCCGUCCAAAGAUGCAGUGAGGGACGUUUGUGUUCAGAGUCACCGAGCUCCCAGUCGCCUCUUGGCCGAGAACACUGCAACUACAUUAAGCAUCUCUGCAGCUCAGGCUGCUCAGUUGGUCCAGUCCCUCCAUGUUCUGUCUCACCACGUCCUGUUCUACAACCUCAGCUCUCCUGAGCAGAUCCUUGCUCUUUUUCCUGACUCAUUCCACUCCAGUCUGAAGAACCUGAUCACUAAGAUCCUGCUGGAGAACAGUCCAACAUGGAGAACAGAAGCUCUCAGUAACCAGAUUUCCCUCCCUCAGCUGAAGGAGUUGGACUGGAGAGUGGACAUGGUGACCGGCUCAGAAUCAGUCAGUCGGAUGUCAGUCCCAACCUGCCUGGUCCAGUUCAAGAUGGAGGAUUCCUGCCAUUCUGGAGGCAGUGAAUCAGUUUCCACGGUAACGGUAGAGCUGAGCAGGGAGUCUUUGGACACCAUACUGGAUGGACUGGGACGUAUUCGAGACCAGUUGUCGGUGGUUGCUGGGAAAUGAGGACUCAAACCAAUGAGAGAGCUGACUGGCUCAUGUUUUUACAGACUAAUAUUCCUGGUUCUGUUUGGAUCAUUCCUCUUCAUCUAAGAACAUAAGUAUAAAAAUGUAUAUGAACAAAUAUGAAUAAUGUAAAUAGUAAACUGUUCAGUGGCACAUUGGACACAAAGUUUUUUGACAAUCUUUCAACAUUUCAACUCCAAAAUAUUUAAUUAUUUGUAAGUUUUUGAAGUAGGCCUCUGUCAGAGACCAUCAGCAUUACAGUAAUAAAAUCAGGAAAUAAACAGUAUAUUGUUGGUCUUAACUUUAUCUUGGGGAAGUGUCGCCAUUCAGGCUUUCACACAUCCAUGGAAAAGCUGCAUAAAGUCUAAAAUUAGGGUUAUGCUAAGGUCAAGACUAGAUCUGUAUUUGAAUUAAGAUGCCGUUUUUUACAGAGUGGUUAACCUCAACCCAUCUUUAACUCUAAUCUGUUCUUCUUUCCUUCCUCUUGAUGUUUUUUUAUAUAUAUACCACUGACCUGUUGCCAAUAAAAUUGAUAAGCUGC